UAUUCGUGCAGAGUGAAACAUUAUUCUGAAGUAGAAGGUAGUUUUUGGGAAACUUCGACGACUAUGAGUGCAAGUGGAAUCUAUACAUCUGAGAAACGGGGAAGCGACGAGUCCGGAAACGGUACCCAGAGCAAGCCUUUCAAGACGGUUCUCCAUGCAAUGCGGCUAGCGGGCAGUGAGGAGCCCUACGAAACCAUCUAUGUGGAUAGCUCGGAGCCGUCUAAGGUUUUUGAGCCGGCUGCCAAGUCUCAGCUAAAGAAGAUCCAGAAGGUGCUGCAACGCGAUGGCCAAAAGAAUGUUGACAAGGAGCUCCGCGAAGCCGAGGACGCGGAGAAGCGCCAACUGAACUUGGAGGAGGCGAAAAAAAUUAGGAUUAUAGAAGAUGCAAGCUUGCCAAAGGCCCGCAAAAUUAAGAUCGCAAAAGGAACGGAAUCCCGGGGAGUUCGCGUCAAGAUAUUUGGCUGGGUGCACCGACUGCGGCGGCAGGGCAAGGCGCUGAUGUUCCUGACCCUAAGAGAUGGCACCGGCUUCCUGCAAUGUGUGCUCACUGAUUUGCUGUGCCAAACGUACCAAGCCCUGGUUCUGAGUACCGAGAGUUCCGUGGUACUCUAUGGCAUACUGAAAGCGGUGCCUUCGGGGAAGAUAGCACCCGGUGGCCAUGAGCUGCAUGUGGACUACUGGGAGCUGAUUGGUCUGGCUCCUCCAGGUGGAGCCGAUGCAAUUCUCAACGAGGAGGCUCUUCCCGACGUGCAGCUGGACAACAGGCACAUUAUGAUUCGGGGCGAGAACACCUCCAAGGUGCUCAAGAUGCGAUCCGUCGUGAUGCAAGCCUUCCGUGACCACUACUUUGAUCGCGGAUACAACGAGGUGACGCCUCCCACACUGGUACAGACACAGGUAGAGGGCGGCUCCACUCUUUUCAAGAUGCAGUUCUUUGGCGAGGAGGCCUUCCUCACCCAGAGCUCGCAGCUGUACUUGGAAACCUGUCUGCCCGCCCUGGGCGAUGUCUUCACUAUUGCCCAGAGCUAUCGGGCCGAGCAGAGUCGCACGCGCCGACACUUGGCGGAGUACACCCACGUUGAGGCAGAGUGUCCAUUCAUUAGCUACGACGAUCUGUUAGAUCGCCUCGAGGACUUGGUCUGCGAUGUUGUGGAUCGGGUGCUGAAGUCGCCAUAUGGUCACCUGGUCAUGGAGCUCAACCCGGAUUUCAAACCACCGAAGAAGCCAUUCCGUCGCAUGGACUACGCGGCCGCUAUCGAAUGGCUGAAGAAAAACAACGUUACCAAAGAUGAUGGCACCUUCUACGAGUUUGGCGAGGACAUACCCGAGGCCCCCGAGCGCAAGAUGACCGAUACCAUCAACGAACCCAUUCUACUCUGUCGCUUCCCCGUGGCCAUCAAAUCAUUCUACAUGUCCCGCUGCCCGGAGGACAAGCGGCUGACCGAGAGUGUGGAUGUCUUGCUGCCAAACGUGGGUGAGAUUGUCGGUGGCUCGAUGAGGAUUUGGGACAGCGAGGAAUUGUUGAACGGCUAUAAGCGUGAGGGCAUCGAUCCGACUCCCUACUAUUGGUACACCGAUCAAAGGAUCUAUGGAACAAUACCUCAUGGCGGCUAUGGUCUUGGCCUGGAGCGUUUCCUCUGCUGGCUGCUUAACCGCUAUCACAUUCGGGAGGUGUGUCUUUAUCCACGCUUCCUCGACAGAUGCAGGCCCUAAUUCCGAAAAUGCAUAUAUGUAUCAUCGCAAUUCAGUGAACAUACAUAUUUAUACAUAUACACAUAUA